AUGGCCAGCAAUGACUCCGCGGCUUCAGAUCUCCAGGGGAGUAGGAAUAGCAGCACUGGGGGCAUGGACCUGCAGUUCGUCAGCAUGAAUGCAUCUUCCCCGCUCGAGAAGCAGCGGAACAAGAAAAUCAUCCGAUCCACGGCAAUGAGGAGUUUUCGCCGUAAAAAGACGCCCCCAAAGGUCCAAGAGAAGCCAACCCUCGUUAGAGAAGUCAGUCAAGAUGGUGCGGUUCUUAUUUCAUCUCAGUCCAGUCUGAAUUAUAAUUCGCGUCUUGAUCGGACGAUCGAAAAUCCAUAUAUCAGCACCAAUGGUACCGAGUUCCCCUCGAAUACGUCUUGGUCGUAUCCGACGUCAGAUUCUUCCAGGCCCUGCAGUAAUAAUGGCGAGAGCAACUCAGUGUCUGUUUCCGACGAGGAAAAUGGUCUGGAGAGACGACUUCCUGAUCACUCGCCGACUCCAUCGUCCAUUACUGGCAGUCCAAUAUCACCGCUAGGAGCAGGAAGGGUAGAUCCAUUCAGAAUAUACCCUGUAGGUGGGAAAAGUAAUAUACCAGAAUUGUUCGAUCACUCUGUUGCAAUCUUAUGGCCAGGUCUUGGUCCUGAGACUCAAAUGCCCACAGCAUGGUUUCGUAAAGCCUGGGAAAAGCCCAUCCUGAUGCAUGCCCUGGCCUUCGGUGCCAUCGUCCACAUGGACGUUCUCCGAAGUCCCCGAAUCAGUCUUGAAAAUCCUCUUCGCCUCUUCCACAAAGUGCAGACCAUGACACUGCUGAAAGAAGAGAUGAAGAACCCCGAUGCAACAGCUUUAGAUGACGUGAUAUUGGCUGUCCUGGCUCUGAGUACGAAUGAGGUUGAGACGGUAGCAAAUCACAUGAAGGAGAAGGUUCGCUCGCCUUUCAACUCGCCGCUUCCGAGUAUCCAGUGGCUUGAUGUGUAUGGUAGCAUCACGCACGUGAAGGCACAUACGCUGGCAAUGCGAUCUCUGGUCGCUCGUCGAGGCGGCUUGGAGAAUGUAGAGCUACCAGGAUUAGCGGAGACUCUCUCUCUUUCAGAUGUCCUUGGAGCGACUCAGAGUCUUUGUAGACCACACUUUCCUCUGCUCGCCGCCGCCAAGGACCUUCCCGCACUCGAAAUCGACCGAAUGUUGAGACUUUCCUUGAGGAAUCUAGGGCGAGGAUUUGAAAGCUUGAAUCCGUUCGGAAUCAAUGAAUCCGCGCUGGGAGUUAUUCGAAAUAUGGUGGAUGUGAGCAUGGUCAUUGAUGGCCACACGAGAGGGGUAAGGCCUAUUACAGACAUGGCAGCAUUUGUUCUUAAGCGAAAUGCGACACAGCACAGUCUGAUGUCGCUGGCGUCUGGGGAAGAGCUCGGAGUUGGCGAAGUAAGCAGUAUCUGUCUGUACGAUUCCAUUCGCCAUGCAGUGAUGAUAUACAGCACUGCCGUAACCUUUCCAUUACCACCUCUAACAGGUAUCUUUGGAAAGUUGGCGACGGCAUUAAAGAAUAUCAUGGAAACGUCGAAGUUUGAUCCUUGUUGGCAGCUGUGUCCCAAGACAUUACUGUGGAUCUUGGUUUUGGGUGGUAUUGCUGCGUCUGGCACGAAGGAAAGGGCGUGGUAUGUCCAAAAUGUGGAAGCGGUUUCCGGAGCCCUGAAGCUGUUAGAAUGGCAAGAUGUGGUUGACAAUAUUGAGGAGUACCUAUGGCUUGAGAGUGCUUGCGAUACUGCGGGAAGAAUUCUUUGGGACGAAGUUGUCAGUGAUAGGUUCCUUCAGGCAGGAGUUUAA